AUGGGAAAUAGUCACGAAAAAGUCCGUCCACAAACAUUCACAGAAAUAGAUGAACCACUUGCUGAAAUCAUAUAUCCAAAUAAUAGUGGAAAUAAAAAAAUUGUGAUUUGUUCAAUUAUAAAAAAUUAUCGUAGUAUAAAUAGAAAUAUCAUCAAGGAAUAUGAAUUUGAUCAUGUUUUCAGACCUGAAAGUACUCAAGAACAAGUAUAUAAUGAGCUUGCACAUGUAGUUCAAUCAGUGGUUGAUGGAUAUAAUUGUUGUAUAUUUGCUUAUGGACAAACUGGUGCAGGAAAAACUUAUACAAUGCAAGGUUCAGAUGCUUCUCCUAAAACAGAAGGGAUGAUCACCAGGGCAUUUAGACAUGUCUUUAAUCUUGUUAAUGGUUUGAAAGUUCAGGGUUGGACUUAUACAAUCGAAGGCCAAUUUAUCGAAAUAUAUAAUGAUCAAGUUUAUGAUUUACUUCAAAUGUCACGUGGAAAUGUCAAAAUUACACAUGACACUGAGAAAGGUUCAACUAGAAUUACUAAUGUCAAAACAGUAAAUCUUGAGUCACCAAAUCUUGUCAAUCAAGUGCUUAAAUCAGCGACAAAGAAUCGAUCAAUUGCUUCUACAAAAAUGAAUGAUAAAUCUUCAAGAAGUCAUAGCAUAUUUAUGAUUCAUAUUACAGGCACAAAUUCAAAUACAAAAGAAAAAAGAUUGGGUUCAUUGAACCUUAUUGAUUUAGCAGGCUCUGAGAAAAUAUCAACAUUUGGAUCUUCAGCGGGGGAUCUUCAAACUGAAACAAUACAAAUUAAUAAAAGUUUAAGUAGUUUGAAAACCGUUAUAAAAAAUAUCAAGGAUGGAAAUCAUAUCAAUUAUCGUGGAAAUGCCAAGGUAUUGAUGUUAGUUAAUAUUUCUCCAAUAAGAUCAUCACAAGCAGAAACUGAAAACAGUUUGGAGUUUGGUCGUGUUGCUAAAGCUACUCACACUGGCAUUGCAAAGAAGGUUAAGGCUUAG